AUGGCCAAGGGUCCCGCAGUUGUAGUCGUCGCCAGACACGGUGCACGCCUCGACGCUGCUGACAAGACAUGGCAUCUUACCUCGCCCACGCCCUACGACCCGCCCCUCACAUUCGGCGGCUGGCAACAGGGACGAGCCCUCGGUCUGCGCAUAGCAGCUCUGCUACACCAACGUGACAAUGAACAACUGGAGGCUGCAAAGAGUGUUGCCAGCGGAGAAUCACCCCGGCCGAAGAAGAAGCGCAAGAUUGUCAUACAUUCGAGCCCGUACUUGAGAUGCAUCCAGACGAGCACGGCGGUCGCGGCUGGCAUCUCGCAAUUCAAUCCGCCCACUGUGCCUCAAUUGGGGGUACCGGUACCCUCAAAAGAGAAGGCUGCAGCGACAGAAAAGCCAAAACAGGCAAAGCCUUCCCAGGGCAGCCCGUACAUUACACCGCUGGCCGACCCCAAAGCCCAGAACUCUCACAAACCUCAUGCUGGCCCCGAGAGAGUACUGCUACGAGUCGAUGCAUUCCUCGGCGAAUGGCUGUCGCCCGACUACUAUGAAGACAUUACGCCCCCGCCAAACUCGACGCUCAUGGUGGCAGGAGCAAAGGCAGACUUGUUGCGUAGGGGGGACGCUAUGCUGGAAAUGUCGCCCACCAAGACGAGCAAGGGCUUCUUCCCAGGCGGCUGGAUGGGCAAAGGUGCUUCAGCAGCUGCUCAGCCAGAGACAGACCACAAGCCACGUUCUAAAGUCCGCAGUCUGGCUGCAGCAUCACCCUUCAACCGAGAACGCUCAAGCAGCCAGGGUGCCUCGCCCCUCCAGCGCACCAAGUCGAGAGAAAAUCUAACUUCGCUCGCACCAGCCGCACAGAACCCGAACAGCCGAGUCUACGAGCCGCCAGUCCCAACCUACUCGGUAUCACCUGCCGACCACAUCCCUCGAGGCUACUUUGCCCAUGCGCGAGAGGCUUGCAUAGUAGUCGACUUCCAGUGGGACAGCAUGCGGCCUCCACAGGAAUGGGGUGAUGGCGGCGAGUACGGAGACGAGUGGAGUACCAUGCACAAGCGCUUCCGAAGGGGACUGACGGGCAUGAUGGACUGGUACAGAGAGCAUGGCGCGACGCCCCCGAAGAACCAAAUCUCGGGCUUCAUGUUCAAGGAGCCGUUGAGAUUGACACCAGUCCCGGCUGCAAAACGUCCAACCGAGCCCUUUUCACUCGACAAGGGAGACGGACCAGACGAGGACGAGGAGCUUGUUCUCAUCAUCAUGACGCAUGGUGCUGGCUGCAACGCCUUGCUUGGUGCCAUGGCCAACCAGCCGGUCCUCAUGGACAUUGGUCUCGCUUCGCUCUCCAUGGCAGUGCGGAGGGAAGUACCUCGAGAGCCGUCUGAGGCUACAAUCCACGAACGUCGACUAUCUGUGGCAGACCCCGGCAUGGCAGAAACAUACGACAUGAAAAUCAUGGCUUCAGUCGACCAUCUCAAACCCGGCACCGAUCCCUCAAAGCUACAGUCACAAUCACGCACAAAUUCUCCAGCUGUGCUUGCAAGCCCGUCUCUGGAAGCGAGGAGGCCUCAGCAGGAUUGCAGCGGCGCACUAUGAGCUCGGGCUCAAACAAGCUGUACACGCAGAGCAAUCUCAAUCCAGGCAGCACAUCGACAGCACCAGGGGGGUUGUGGGGUAGCGCUAAACCCUCGCCUGCAGUGACGCCUGGCGGGAGUGAUGGAGUUGCUACUCCUAAUGCAACGUCCCAGCCACGCAAGACCACGAGCAAUGUUGAACCGAGCAUCUCGGCCUUUGAUGGUGCUGCAGAUAUUACGAACGGCUUGGAGAGACUCAAUACUAAUGAGCGGCAUGAAGUUAGUGAUAGUGUGGCGCCUCUGGCUCCUCUGCCGAAAACACAGGCGAAUGGUAGAGCUGGGGGGAAUGCAUCUGGUAGUGGAGGUGGUCUCUGGGGCGCAAAGACGCAGCCGAAGAGUGCUGCGGGACUCUGGGGUCCACCGAGGCUGGACGAUGUAUAUGAGCACCGACCAGGGCCGAAGAGGAGGUGGACAGUUACGGAGAGGGAGGAGUCGUUGUGAUGUGUCAACAUGAUGAUAUUCGCCAUCUGCUCCCCUCAAUAUCAUAAUACAUAUUUGGUUCUACUCCGCCACCCAAACCGCCGCCAUGCCCAUGCCCGUGCCCACGCACAUACUCGUCACACCAAUCUUCUUGCCCGUCCUCUUCAGCUCCGUCAACAGCGUGCUAACCUGCCUCGCCCCCGUGACUCCCAGGGGAUGUCCAAACGCAAUCGCGCCGCCCUUGGGAUUCACCUUCUUCUCAUCGAUGCCCAGCUCCUUGAUGCAGUACAGACACUGGCUCGCAAAAGCCUCGUUGAUUUCCCAGAUAUCCACAUCACCAGUGGACAAGCCCGUCUCUCUCGAGGACCGGCGGGAUAGCAGCCGCGGGACCCACGCCCAUGAGUAGAGGCGGCACGCCGACGAUGCUGGCCUGCACGAAUUUCCCGACAAUAGUCUGCCCGAGGCGCUGCGCGGUGCUGCGCUUCAUGAGCAGCACGGCGGCCGCGCCGUCUGAGAUUU